AUGCAAGAUGCGCGUCGGCAAGGCGGCGUAGCCCAAGAUGAUGACGGAAGCCCUCUUGUAAAAGGGCAGGGCUAUGACUAUCUUGAAGUUGCGCAUAUUAUGCCACAUUCACUCACUCAGCUUAAUGCAAGCAAGCAACUGGACUCUUCCAAGGAAGCGGCAUUGACGAUUCUGAAUAUGUUCGACAAUGGGGCUGCAUUUCUGGUUGAAGGAACUGAAAUCGACCGGCCUCGUAAUGCCCUGACCCUCACGCUUAGGCUGCAUAGGUUCUUCGGCGACUUCCAGAUCUUUUUUGAGCUCGUUGACCAAGAGUCGCAUACGUACCGAAUUAAUACUUUCAUCCCGGAUAUCAUGGAGUAUGAGUUCCCUAUCACUCGAACGCUAUAUCUCACUGAAUCACGAACCAUUGAUCCCCCUUCGCCCCGGCUGCUCUCGAUUCAUAACGCCAUUGCCCACAUUCUCCAUCUGUCUGCAGCAGGGGAGUACAUCGACAGAAUACUGCAGGACCUGGAGGAACAUGGUGUUCGGGAAGAUGGUUCUACUGAACUGGAUCGUUUCGUGAAACUGCGACUGAAUGGCUGGUCAAUCGGCGAAGUCCAUAGUUGCGGGUGCAGGUAG